GCCUGAAUGCAGCAGCGGGUAUUGAAGGAAAUUCAUCAGCCAGAGCCUUUCUACGGAAAGCCGUUUGACUCAAAGCUGUGCUCACUCAGCGGUUUCUGCGGUUCUGAUGAUGAAACGAUAAACGGAGAAAAUGUGGACCCGGUUCGAGCGGAAAGGAGAAGGUUCGAGAGUGUGAAGCGGUUCUGAAGCUGGUCCCGGGCUGAUGGUCGGACGACGGUUCCGCUGGCGGCUCGGGGCAGACUGCUGUGAUGCUACGGCAGCUGGAAGAAAAGGCGGCGUGAGCCCGGUUCGAAGCUCCGAACGCCAACCCAACCCAGCCUUUACCUCUUUUCUGGUGCUGGCACACGGCGGGAUGGCCGGUCGAAGCCGCCGAGCCUGGUUCAGCGUCCUUCUGGGGCUGGUGGUCGGCUUCACGCUGGCAUCCAGACUCAUUUUGCCCAAAGCCGCUGAACUGAAGAAAGCGGGACACAAACGGAAGGCGACCCCGAGCGGCUGCGGUCCGAACGGAGCCCCACGGAGGGAGCUGUGGCCGCCGCAGAACCGAGGCACCACCGACCAGCCUGGACCCAGGUCCAAGAACUUCCUCUUCGUCGGCGUGAUGACGGCCCAGAAGUACCUGAACAACCGGGCUGUGGCCGCGCACAGGUACGUGACCAGACCCCGAAUCCCUGCUGAUCCGGAUCCAGGCGCAGAUGGCUGGGUGGGAUUCAGGACGGUGAUCCUGAAGAAACGUCUGACAGCUGCUGACUUCCACAACGGCUAUCUGCACUGGACACUGAAGAAGCCCAAUCCAACAGCAGAGGAUCUCUUUGUCAGCAAGCAAAGCCAAGAAGGAAAAUCUGCAUACUUGAAGGACGACAAUGGGAUGAAGACAUGA